CCUGGUGUAUGGAAGAGGAAGGACUGGGCACUGAUUAGCACAAGCUACAGAAGGGACUGCCUGACAGCAUGUAAAGAGCACACAUGAUGAGGGGCUGCUGCUGCAGCCUGGUGUAUGGGAGAGGGAGGCAGGGAGGACCGAGAGGGGGGAGGAGCCCGGACACACAGACAUAAACACACACAGCCCAAGUCUGCACCGCUGCCCUGCAUUGCCCAGAACUGGCACCUGACUACACUGACCGAGGAGACAGCAGGUGGCAGACUUUGCCCUUCCCCUGCCCAUGAAGAGGCCCCUGUCCGGGUCAUGGCGCCGUCGGGCCCCAGCAGCGUGAAGCGAAGGUGCAGAAGGUGCCUGUACUGGAUACCGGUGCUUUUCAUUUCCAUCAUCGUCUGCUGGUCCUACUAUGCCUAUGUCAUCCAGCUGUGCAUAGUGUCCAUGGGAAAUCUCGGAGAGAAAGUCCUCUGCCUGAUAGCGUAUCACUUCUUUGUCAUCCUGUUUGUGUGGUCCUACUGGAAGACCAUCUUCACAUUGCCAAUGAACCCGGCUAAAGAGUUUCAUCUGUCAUAUGCUGACAAAGAACUUAUAGAACGAGAACCCAGAGGGGAAUCACAGCAGGAUGUUCUUAGAAGACUGGCCAAGGACCUCCCCGUCUAUACCAGGACAAUGUCAGGAGCCAUCAGAUACUGUGACAGAUGCCAGCUUGUGAAGCCGGACCGCUGUCAUCACUGUUCUGUCUGUGAUAAGUGUAUACUGAAAAUGGACCAUCAUUGUCCUUGGGUGAACAACUGUGUUGGUUUCUCCAAUUAUAAGUUUUUCCUCCUCUUCCUGGCCUAUUCGCUGGUUUACUGCCUUUUUAUUGUUGCCACAGAUUUACAGUAUUUCAUCAAGUUUUGGACAAACGGUUUGCCUGACACACAAGCCAAAUUCCACAUUAUGUUUUUAUUUUUUGCCGCUGCCAUGUUCUCUGUCAGCCUGUCCUCCCUGUUUGGUUAUCACUGCUGGCUUGUCUGUAAGAACCGGUCAACGUUAGAGGCUUUCAGAUCACCGAUAUUCAGACACGGAACAGACAAAAAUGGUUUCAGCCUUGGGUAUAGCAAAAACCUGCGACAGGUAUUUGGGGAUGAGAAGAAAUUUUGGCUGCUGCCUGUGUUUACGAGCCUGGGCGAUGGUUGCUCAUUCCCUACAUGUCUUGUCAACCAGGACCCUGAACAAGCAUCCACACCAACUGGAACCAAUUUAGCAGCAAAAAGUGUUGAGACUCAUCCAUUCCCAGCUAAACCUCUCCGCGAGUCUCAGAGCCAUCUUCUGACUGACACCCAGUCCUGGACUGAGAGUAGCUGUAAUGGAGAAAAGGGGAAACUUGGUAUGAGUAACCCUGCGCUAACUAUAGAGAAGGAAACCUAGCUGUUUGGAAACGUUGGAGGUGGUGAAGAACGUAAGGCUUGAGGUCCAUGUACAGAUGUUCAUCUGCAGAAGAAGUCAUGCUCUCAUUGGCUAGCUUUACAUCUGUACCAACACCAGGGAACGUGACCACGCAGGGAGGCUGUGGUGGUGUUUAAGUGAUAUAAUGGAAGGAAGAGGAAGUCUUUGUAGUAAACACUUGGCAGUCCUAUGUUGUAUGCAAUGUAAGGUUGUACUUUGACCGUGUUUAUGAUAUUAUAGCACAAACAAGCAUUAUCGUCAUUCCUCUUCCGAGAAGAAAGAUUCUUAUGUAAUUCCUGAAUGCAGAUCACUUCUUUUUGAAAAGCAAAUUGAGGGCAGCAUAUUUUGUAUGUAAAAUGUAAACAGUAUAUUAAUUAAUGAGGCCAAUUAAAUGUUAUUGAAGAUCUCAUUAAAUAACAUUACCACCCACUGA